AACCAUUGUAUUGUGGUAGCUAGUGCCUUCUAGUGAGAGUUUCAAUUUCAAGAAAAAGAAGAAUGAUUCACAGCAUUGUGAUUGUGGUAGCUCUGAUGCUCAUCUUUGCAGCGAUUGCAAGGGCAGAUUUCUAUCGUUGCUUCGCUGAUUGCAUUUUUAUCUGUGAUUUUCCACCGACAGAUUCAGCAUGUUUCCGAAGUUGUGAUAAAAACUGCGCGUUGAACCCCUGCUUUAUAGAUCACGGCUGCAAGGGUUAAGUCCCUUUUUACAUGGAUCAAAACAGCUGCUCUACCAAUUAAUGCAAAAAUAAAAAAGGGCUUUAAGUCCCCUUUCACAUGGAUAUGUGUUAGACCCCGUUUGGCUAAAAAUAAAAUAUCACUGUAAUU